UGAGGAAGAAGAAGGCGGCCAUCUUCGUGAGGUCUAGACAUUGCGUGAUGCCCAGACACUGCUCAGCAGCUGGUUGCAAAUCCCGCGACACAAGAGAAACUCGCAAAGCUGGGAUCACCUUUCACAGGUUGCCAAAACGUGGGAGCCCCCGUCGCACUCUCUGGAUCAUUAAUUCUCAGCGUACAGGCCCCCAGGGGAAGGGCCAGUGGGACCCUCAGAGCCAUUUCAUCUAUUUCUGCUCCAAACACUUCACCCCAGAGAGCUUUGAGCUUUCUGGUGUCAGUGGAUAUCGAAGGCUUAAGGAGGAUGCAGUGCCGACAGUUUUUGAAACAUUCUCACGACAGAGACGCGGCACCAGUGCAAAAGCACAGAGAGGGAGGGACAGGCCAGGUCCCACCACCAGACAGACACGGAGGAGGGCUUGUUCCCUGAAGAAAGAACAGGAUGGGUCAGAUACAUGCCAGGACAGCCAGCAGGGGGCAGAGGGCUGUCACAAUGCUGGAAACACAGUCAGUGGAAAGGAAGAUGGCAAGGAAGAGGGCUUGAGGUUAGCAGGAGGAGCCAAAAGAGGAGCACAGACCACCCCUCCCACUCAGUCCCCAGUCUCUUCCUCUCCUUCCCACCCCUCAUGUGAAACAUCGCAAUUUCCACCACCAUCUCCAUCUGCCUCAGCUGUUGUUCCCUCAUCCUCACAAACACCCCAACCCCUGGGCCCUCAGCUGUCCGAAAUGCCACCCUCGCCCUCCUCAUGUUCCCCACCCCGUCCUCCCUCCCCAUCCCGCUACAUGAGACGCCUCCCCCCUCCCCCGGGGUUUUACCUCCCCAAGGAGCACAACUAUGCGCAGCUCUGCCCCCUGGUGUGGAGAAAGCGCUACGACAGGGCCAUUGACAGUUUGGAGAAGUCCCUGCGGCUCCUUAACGCCGCCCGGCGCAGGGAGAACCGGCUCAGGCAGACGCUCCUGCGACUCCGGGAGAGCCGUCUCAAGCACACCCUCGGGCGAUUCCGGGAGGGGACGAAAGGGAGGGAAGGUCGAUGGGGCAGGGGGAGGAUGGGACAGGGCUCAAGGGCCACGGAGGGGGAACUAGCAGAGAGAGGGACCCAGCAUGGGUUAGAGGAGAGUGAGGCGGAGCGUAUGGCAGAAGACUUGAGCAUGAUUGAGGAUGGAUUAGGAGGGGCUGGAGAGUGGAGUGGACCGACCCAGUCAGCACGGACAAGCUUUGAAGACGAAAUGGGGUACUGUUUCUACUGUGGACGGGGGCGGGAGGACGAAGGCACAGAGGAACAGUCUGGAGGAAGCCAUCAGAGAGGUAAGGAAGGAGAGGAACAGAGGGAGGAUGCCUCCUUGUGCUAUUAUGGAGCAAAGAGGGAAGAGAGGGAGAGAGGAAGAAGCUCCCAGACGAUUCAAAGGGCAGAGGAAGUGGGGGUGGAAGCAGGAACAGAGGAGUGUUGCUACUACUACUACUGUGACAAUGGGGAGGGUGAAACAAGGGAGGGAGAGGACGGUGUGCAGAUAGUGACUGUGGAGCUGGCGGCCCCCGGACAAACAGCUGCACAGCCUCAGAAACUGAUCCAGCCCUUGGCGGCCAUGCAGACAUUGCCGUUCAAGGCCUCUGCAUCCCCGGUGCUUCACAGUGCUCAGCUGCAGCCGAUACCUCUGCAGCAGCAGCUGGAGCAGCAAGCUGAGGUGCACCUCCCCACGCACACAGCCACGGGUGCACUGCAUACCACCCUGCAGACACUGCAGCCAGCACAGCUACAGCCAGUACAGCUGCUCCAGCAGGGGCCGGGCCCACAGCACGGGCCUCUCAUUGUGGACUCAGGCGGAGAGGCAGAGUCAGUGAUCAGGGAGGGAGAGGAGGAGCAGCAGGUGUUCUGGUUGCAAGAAGGUAUGGAGGGGCGUCUGCUUCUCAUACCGGUUCCCAUCGACGACAGGGUGAGGAACAUAACCAGGAAGGACGGAGGAGCGAGCGAUCCAGGAUUUCAGCCCAUAGUGGUGUCAGCAGUGGGAUUUCAGACGUCUCCCACUAAGGAGCCAGAGCAGCAAUGUCUAGAAACAGGAGGAACUGAGCUGAGGACUGCAGGGCAGACUGAAAAAGAAUGUAGCCUUCAGUCAGAGACCAGGAUUGGGGUGGGAGGUGGAGAUGUGAGGGAAAGACUGAAGGAGCACUUGGAAGGUUUCCAACUACAACUGAGCAGUGAGUUUAUUAAUUGAUGGGUGGAUCCAGAAGUCUGUGCAGCGAAGUCCAUGACAUAAGCUGCUGUAUUCAGGCAUAUUGGGGAGGAGAGGUGCAAGGAGUGGACGCAAUGUUUCGGGAACACAGAAACCAACGUGAUUGUGGAUUCAUUUAAACAUUUGCAGCUUCAACAGAGUCCAACGAAACACCUUGUUCAUGUAUUCUCAUA